UAUUCGCUCUCUUUAGAGUUACAUGAUUAUAUGACAAAUAUAUAUAGUAGAAAAAUAAUGCAAAAGGAGAUUCUAGUUUACAGAAGAGCUUCUCUAUUCAGAACACCGAGAUUCAAAAUAGAGGGAUUUUGUUGCAUACUGUUGCCUUUUACUUUGAUUCUUUGCAAGAUGUUGUUUGUCAGGACACUGCGUGGAUUACAAAUGUUUUAAAACAGAAAAAUGUUUAUAAAAAGGAUACACUUUGAGUCAGUAAAGUAGUGCUAAAUAGCACACUGCGAUUGUGAUAGACCUCAUCUCUAUUAUAAUUCCUCAGUACAGAUGAUGUUUCUAGUGGCGAGGAUAUUAAACUGAGAGAUUUAUUUAAUAAUUAUUUAAAAAAUGCCCAUUACUUCAAGAUAACAUGUGUCAGCUUAUGAUAACAAUGAUUGUUGUACAGUUAUUCAAAUCAUUAAAGGAAGACAUCUGAAUGGUUCAGCUGUUUUGAAAAUGAUAUUGAUAAAAAAUAAUUCAUUAAAAUACAGCGAAAUGAGCAAUAAGACUCGUGAUGAAAAUAUAAGUAAAUGCAAAAAUAUUAAGGAAAAUAAACUAAAUAUUGGAGAUACAAUUGACACUGAGAAAACGUAUACUCAAGAAAUUGAGAUAGCAGGCAAUGACAAUACAUGUAUUGAUGAAAACAAGAACAAUGUAUUACAUGCAUCAAAAAUUCAAAAUAUGAUGAAGAAAAUGGGAUACAAGCCAGGAAAAGGUCUUGGAAAAAAUAAUCAAGGUCGUAUAGAACCGGUGGAAACUAUUAUUCAGCAUGGUCGAAGAGGACUUGGACAUUAUAUUCACAAGACUAAGAGAAAAAUGUUGAAUAAUGGAGACGCAAUUGAAAAUAUGAAGAAAGAAGAAUACAGACAAGAAGUUGAGAAGACAAACAAUGCACAUAUUGAUGAAAAUAAAAAUAAUGUAUUACAUGCAUCAAAAAUUCAAAAUAUGAUGAAGAAAAUGGGAUACAAGCCAGGGAAAGGUCUUGGAAAAAAUGACCAAGGUCGUGUAGAACCAGUGGAAACUAUUAUUCAGCAUGGCAGAAGAGGAUUUGGACAUUACACACACAAGACUAAUUGUAAGAGAAAAAAGUUGAAUAAUGCAGACACAAUUGAAAAUAUAAAGGAAGAAGAAUGCACACAAGAAAUUGAGAGCGCAAACAAUAUAAAUAUUGAUGAAAACAAAAACAAUGAAUUACAUACACGGAAGAUUCAAAAUAUGAUGAAGAAAAUGGGAUAUAAGCCAGGAAAAGGUCUUGGAAAAAAUGAUCAAGGUCGUACAGAACCAGUGGAAGCAAUUACCCAACAUGGUCGAAGAGGAUUUGGAUUCAUUACAAACCACGCUUUAAAGAAGAAAGUCACUAUUAUUAAAAAGAAUCCAAUUGUACCUUCUUCCUUUUCUUCUGCUCCUCCUCCUUCCAAAGACUGAGAAUAUCUUUCAUUUUGUUAUGUAGGAAUUGUAAAAAGAUGUAACUAAAUGAAAAAAAAAACGAUAGUUCUUUUUUUGAAAGGACUAGAGCACCGUAUUAUUUGGCACAAUCUAAUUUUUACAUUUUUAUUCUUUUAAAUAUGUCUUUUUUGUUUUAUUUUUUGCUUUCUAAAUUUGUAAACUUUAUCUGAUACGUAAUUCCAUCUAAUCAAAGACAUAAAAUUUUAUUAGGAUCAAAUUCAAAUCUGAUUAUUAGGCGAUUAUUUUGUCGUGAAAUUAUAUAUUAUAGAGUAUAUAUAUAUAUAUAUAUAUGUAUAUAUUAGA